AAUUGUGCUCAUUUCCAGUUCAAUAGAGCGUCUAUUAUUGGAGCUAUAGUGAAAGUAGUGCUGAAAUCGUUUAUUGAAUCGAUUCGCCUGCAAACAUACGGGAAGUUUGCAGUUGAGCAAAUCCAGGUAAACGUGGAUUGCUACUAUUUACAGCGGGGCGUUUCGCCGCUUGUAGCAGAUGAAGUGGUAGUGAACUCGAUGGUGGACCAAGCUUUAUCCUCCGCCUUGAAGAGAUGUGUAUCUCCUGAGCUAAUUCAUCCUAGUAGGUUGAGGCAAAUUUGCGAUGAUAAGAAGACGAACAAAAUGCUUUCGCAAAAAGUCUACCGGGGAAGGCUUAGCCUUGGAAAGGGAGGAGUAGCGGGAAGAAUUAAUCGUCGGAAAUCAUCAAAAAAUACUAGCCAGUUUCUAAAUGUGGAUGAGGAUGAUGAUGAUUACUACUGGGAUAACGGUGGUGAUGCGGUUUGUAACUUUUUUUUUGUUCUGAUAGGGCCUCGAGUGGAUUACAGUGUUGCUGUAGUUAUCAUUUGAAUCUUCCCCGUUGCUCAUCGACCUUUCGUUGUCUUGCAGUUAUAG